AUGGUUGUUAUCACACAAGGACCUGGGGCCUUGUGGGCUGGUGCCAUCACACCAGUCGCGGCUCGAGGCGUACAGCAAGUCGGCAGCAUCGCGACACCGCAGUUUACGGCAGCCUCACGACACAUCUGGGACUCGGAGUUCGCGAUUAACGAAAACGGCAAUCUUUGGAAUUACGUACAGAACUGCACUGCGAUACAGGGCGAGGUCACCUAUGUGUCGAACUGCCCGGUGCCAAACCAACAAAGGGCGCUGCUCGAGGCUGCUCGUAGCGCCAACACCGGCACGAGAGCGAUCCAAAAUUCAUCGAAGCCAGACAAUUCUAUGUGGACAUACCAUGGGCGAUCGUAUGGAGUGGGCUCAACCCAGGGGCUACGGGAGGUUGCUCAAGUGCCAGUAGAGUACGGUCUACUCGGCUAUACCUACAACGAGACGGGCUACGAAGCCAGCGUCGAUUGCAUUCGUAACGCGAGCGCAAAUCUCACAUUCACACUAACCGAUAACGUCGCCAACGUGGACAUCUGGCAUGUCGAGGGCAAGCUGCCGAAUUCACUCGUUAGCGAGUUCUAUCCGGUCAUGAAUUGGCAUCGCGAUUCGCUCGAUGAUACGACAUUGCUCGCGUGGGCAGCUUUCGCAAACCCAUCUUCAGAUCCAAAACACAUGGUCGGCAUUGUUGCAAGCGCGAUGUAUGGUAACUUCAGCAACUUGCAAUGCGAGAUAACCUUCUCGCCGAGGCUCUUCUCCAUCGAUGUCGAUGGAAUCUUGCAGACAAUUGUGGUCUCGCCCGUCGGCAGUAGCAAUGCUGUCGACCCCGAGCCGACGGGUCAUCUACAGAGUAACGCGGUCUACUCGCUCAAUCUCCUGUCUCGUAUGAGCACUUCGCUCUACGUAUCUGUGCUUGGUGAUACACUCGCAUACAAUCUUGAAACCCUCGCAAACACUGUUAGAGCCUUGGACGAAACGACCAUUCUUCGAGCGACGGAAGAGAGCUUUGUUGCUAUGCUGGACAACAUACUGGGUAUCUACGGUGGGGCGCAGACGGCGCUUGCCAAUGAGACUGUGCCCGUGUCCAUCGAGGGAAAAUACAUGAUGAUGCGGUUCGGCCAGAAGUCUUACCAAUGGGCUGUGGUGAUAGUAAACGGUAUCUUGCUGGUUGUCUUGCUAGCUGAAGCUAUACGCACGCGAGGAUGGCGCGGAUUACCGCGAUUUGAUCCUCUCGAUUUCAAAAGCGUCGUUGCUACUGCAUCAUUCGGAAGCGACGCUAUAGCAAUGCGGCUCAAGAAGCAACAUGAGCGAUUGGGUAGCGUUACAGACUCGAACGGUGUUUGGUUCGGAGACUCGGAAGACAGAACGCUAGGACAUAUGAAGGUGCACUUGGAACAAGGCCCGGGAGAUAUCGCUAUCGUACUUUCAGACAACGACGUACUAGGCGGGGUAUCAGAAGAAUUGCUACCUAAAGGUCAGGUUACUCGUCGCGUUGAGGCAUACUAG